CUACUGCGUAACAUGUACGAUGACAUAAUUCUGUAUUCCAUUUCGCAAUUUAGUCUUGCAAGCUAGAGCCCGAUAUUAUGGAUACAAUAGGAGCUGGAAGGAACUUUGAAGCUACUCGGUAAAUAAUAGCCCGGUAAGAAAGGGACGAUCCACCGAUAUAGGCUCUACUUUCCGGACCCCGCAUGCCGGCUACAUUCCGUUACACGGCAUAUUGCGUGCGUACAUGUAACCCGGUAAAUACGUGCUUGGAACUUUAACUUUAUUCCUCCUAUUACGUAGAUUCAUUUCUACCUGUCACAAAGGAAAGAGUUUAACUUUCUCCCUCUUUUCUUCUUUUUUAACGACUGAUGCUACUAGCUCGACUCACCUCUCGACGUGUAUACUCCUCGAUACCUAAACUUAGACAAAUCUCUACCGCAACAUCCCCCACUAUGAAGCUCCUCUACCCCACCUCCCUCAAACUCGACGUCCAAAGCCUCGAAGGCUUCGCGCCGACCUUACAUCCCUACGAUGUUAAGAAACCGAUCCCGGACGAACAUACCGAUGCCGAGAUCCUCGUGACUUGGUGUAAUAGCGCGGAUAACCUGAAAGACGCGGCGAAGAAGCUGGGGAAUUUGAAGUGGAUACAAUCACUUGCUGCGGGACCGAAUGAUGUCCUGAACGCCGGGUUUAAAGGGGAUGUGAAGGUUACUACGGGGUCUGGGUUGCAUGAUCAUACCGUUGCUGAACAUGCGCUCGGGUUAUUGCUUGCGGGGGCUAGGCGGUUUGAUGAGAUGCGCGAUUAUCAGGUGCAGAAGAAGUGGCCGGGACAUCUUGGCGGGCCGCAGCCGGAUAGACCUAAAGAUCGGUUUACGACCCUAAGGGAUGCGGAGGUGCUGAUUUGGGGGUUUGGAAAUAUUGCUAAGACGCUUACGCCGCUGCUUACUGCGCUUGGGGCUAGGGUUACGGGGGUGGCGAGGUCGGCGGGGGUUAGGGAUGGGGUCGAGGUUUAUGGCGAGGAUAGGUUGCCCGAGUUGUUGCGGAAGACGGAUGCGCUUGUUAUGAUUUUGCCGGGGUCGGAUACUACGCUUAAUGCGUUGAAUGCCGAGAGGUUGAAGUUAUUACCGAAUCACGCGUGGGUUGUUAAUGUUGGUCGUGGUACGAGUAUUGAUGAGGAUGCAUUGGUUGAUGCGCUGGAGAAGAAAGAGAUUGGUGGUGCAGCGCUUGAUGUGUUUAAAACGGAGCCCCUGCCUGAGAGCUCGAGAUUGUGGCUUGCGCCGAAUGUGAUUGUGAGUCCGCAUGCGGCGGGUGGUAGACCGCAGGGCGCGGAAGACUUGAUUACGUAUAACUUGAGGCGGUUUUUGGCUGGGCAGGAGUUGAGGAAUUUGGUCGCGUAGCAAUUAAAGGGAGUGAAGAGUAGGCUGUGAAGGAAGUCGUGAUUCAGAACGGUCGCUGAGUUCCUGGCUUGAUAUCAUAUGGAAGAAGGGAUGGUGGGGGAAGAGAGCAUCGUUAAGGGAUCCCAUACGGUUAGCCUAUAUUCAAUAUU